CUCAGCCCCCUCAGCGUGCGGGGCGGGACGGGGCGGCGGGAGGCUCCGCAGCGGCUGCAGCCCCAGCAGGAGCAGCAGCAGCGCCGGCGCCGCCGGACCUCGAUGCCGCCCCUGCAGCGGCUCGCCAGGGAAGAUGGCGCCGUCCCACGUCCUCAAGUGCUGCCAGAGGGUGCUGGCCUGGGUGCCCGUGGUCUUCAUCGCUCUGGUGGUGGCCUGGUCCUACUACGCCUACGUGGUGGAGCUGUGCGCCUUUACAAUUACCUCAACAGGAGAAAAAGUUGUCUACCUUGUGGUUUUUCAUCUGUCAUUUGCCAUGUUUGCAUGGUCCUAUUGGAAGACAAUUUUUACAUCUCCUGCUUCCCCCUGCGAUGAGUUCUGCUUAUCAAAAUCUGAUAAAGAACAAUAUGAAAGAGAAGAGAGACCAGAAUCCCAGCAGGACAUUUUGAGAAGAGCUGCUAAAGACUUGCCUAUCUAUACCACAACAGCAUCAAGGGCAAUCAGAUAUUGUGAUAGAUGCCAACUAAUCAAGCCUGACCGCUGUCAUCACUGUUCUGCAUGUGACCUAUGUGUACUAAAAAUGGACCAUCAUUGUCCUUGGGUGAAUAACUGUGUGGGAUUUUCUAACUACAAAUUCUUCCUCCUGUUUUUAUUAUACUCCUUAUUGUACUGUCUGUUUGUUGCCGCUACGGUCUUGCAGUACUUCAUAAAGUUUUGGACACUUUGCCGCAGGAAAUCUGCAGAGAAUUGUCCAAAGAAUGAUCUGCCAGACUCACAUGCAAAAUUCCAUGUACUUUUCCUUUUCUUUGUGGCUGCCAUGUUCUUCAUCAGCAUACUGUCACUUUUCAGCUACCACUGCUGGCUAGUGAGCAAAAACAGAUCAACAAUAGAAGCAUUCCGGGCACCCACAUUUCGAAAUGGCCCUGACAAAAAUGGCUUCUCUCUCGGAUGUAGCAAAAAUCUGAAAGAGGUUUUUGGAGAUGAAAAGAAGUAUUGGUUGCUGCCUGUUUUUACAAGCUUGGGUGAUGGUUGUAAUUUUCCAACUCGCCUGGUGAUUAUGGAUCCAGAACAACUUACUGUAUCAAGCCAAAAUGAACCCGCCAAAAGCUCUGGAGCCAGUCAGCCCUUUCCUGCCAGGCCACUCAGUGAGUCACAAAAUCGAUUGUUGGACAAUGAAAGUCAGUGGGUGGAAGGUGCCUCAGAAGAAGAAAACGUUAAAUCAGGUGCAAAAAAGCAUGUUAUAGUUUCACUGGAAAGCUGAUCUCAGUCUGUUAAUGACUAAUUAUCUCAAUGAGAAAAAGGUUUCUGCGACACAUUUGUGCUUGAAUAUUAAUUUUGUUUGGAAGAUGUUGCUCAGUAAAAUGGAACAGUGUGAACAUGUUAAAGAAGAUUUAUGAGAAAUUGUUUUUGUACAGUACAAUGGACGCUUGGAAGCACUGCUGCAGAGCAGGGAAGUAAGACAGAUGCCUUAAGAUUAUUAAUAUGCAUUUAUGCAACAUUGACUUAUAUACUGCUACAAAAGAGCCAAAUCCUGAAGUGUCCUGCGUGGGUGAGCAAGCCCAAACAGAGCAGAAACUGUGCAUUGCUGCUUUGGGGGGAUAGAUCUGCCAAGACCCAAGCAGGCAGAUCCCAUAUUCCUGUGCACUGCAGAAGUUACUUCCAUAGCAGAUCUCCAGGGGACCAAGAAAGGGGAAAAGUGGAUGUGUUGCCCACAAACACAGAGCAUGGUCAGUGAGUCUCCACAGUGUAGCUACAUGUGGCCCAAACACCAUGUAAGGGAAGAGCAGCACGAUGUAUCUUCAUCUUUUCCUACUACCCAGUGGUGGCUGAUCACACGCUUACUACCCCUGUAUCCUGGCUCAGUAGUGCUGUGGGGGUUAAAGACUCCUUCCUUCAGCCGUGCUUUGUUGCAGCAAAAUGCCAAGCAAGUAAAGCUCUUUCACUUGGGCUCCACUUGUUUGCUUCAGGAUUGGGCCCCCUAGUAAUUUGAUUUCUUUAAUCAUAUCAGGAAUGUAACUCCGUAAAGUGAAUUUCCAUUUAGAUAUAGUAACCUAAACAACAAUUUUACUUUUCCUACAGUUGCCUCUCAACAUACAAGACAUUGUCAAUCCAGAAAGGAGCUAACAAACUAGUACACUUUUCUGUUAAGGGGUAUAGAAGGGAUGUACAAGGCAGUAACAGAGCAGCAAGAUCCUAGUGGCAGCAAAAAUCUUAUUGUAAGUUUUGUACUGUAUUAGAAAAUGGAACUGAAGGAGAUUACUGCUUUUUAUAUUGAACACUUGAUGCUUUAUAAACAUCGUUUUAUAUUUGCUUUAGCUUUUUAAUAAAGACAGAAGGUGGUUUUUUUUAUUGUUGGCUCUAAAGUACCAUUUAGACACAGUUCAAGUAUCUGUGAUGAAAUGUAAAUGUUGGAUCAUGCAUUUGAGGAAUGCAUUGGAAGUUUAUUGUAUGCUUUAGUCUGCUGUUUUUUACUUUCAUUUUAAGUGGAAGUGACUGAAAAAUAGCUGAAAUAAGCACUUUACAUAAUUCUUUAUCUUGUUCACGAAAGGCAAGUUAUGUGUUUCCUAUGUAGGGAAUAUAGUCCAUCCAAAGCUCGAGACCCACAGCAAACAACAUAUUCACAUUUCUUACUCCUAUUUAGAAAAGACUACUAAUGAUAUUUAUUUUUCGGUGGUACUGACAUUGCACCCAGCAAACUUGAAAAAUGUCCCUUACUUGUCAAUUUCUUUAUUCCACUAUAUGGUAUCUGCUGAUCCUGAAUAAGUGCAAUUGGGUCCUCUUGAAACUGCAACUGCUCUGCUGCCUCCAGUCCAUCAGGGCUGAAGGGACCAACCUGUAUGUCUUUGUCCCUGGGCUGAUUCCUUCCAAAACCGAAUGUGUGUUUUAUGGCAACACUAAGCUUAAAGUUGUGGCAGGAUUUUGCUCUCACAGUCCUCUCUGGAGUUAAAACAGUACCUACUCCUUUAUAUUUUCAAGUACUGUUUAAAGUGAAAUGGAUCUGAGAAUUUUUAAGCAUGCUCUGGUCACUAGCAAGUGUACUUAUGGAAGGAAAUUAAUUAUCCAAAAUUGCACUUUUCAGAAGUCUUGCAAAAUGUCUCUCCAAAUUUUGUACUACUUUUGUCCAAAAAGUGUAGCACCUACUAACUUCAGAAUUCACAAAAAAAUAACAUGUGCCUUCUUUUGAGCUACUAACCACUUUUCCGUGAAAUCUUUCAGCCCGUCUCAAAUAUUGGCAACUUCUGCUUAACUGAAAAUAAAAAAACAAAGUCACCAAAUUCUAGCAAUCAGCAUGUUAGGUUUGGAAAGAGAGAUUGCCCCAUCAAAAUGUCCUAUGGCUAGGGGAAAGUUGCACUGGAUUGAGAACCAGAAGACCCUGAUUUCAUCUCCCCUCUUCCACUGACGGGUGUUAAGGGCUGUGAAACACCCCAAGCUGUCACUGCAGAAAACAUGACUAUGGGUAUUUCCCCCUGCAUCUUACAGGUGAGCUAAUUGAAGAUCGAAGACGGUGCAGAGGGUCAUUUCUGGCAGAGCAGGGAAUAGAACCUAGGUCUCUACUGUGGCAAGCUUUCCUACUUAACAGUACUGCCUUUAAGAGUCUAAAAACACUGCGUUAAUGGUAUCUGUUUAGUAUACCAGUAUAAUUGCAUCCACACUAGAGGGUAACACCAAUUUAACUAUAUUGGCUUCUAAACUGAUACAAUUUAAAGCAGUACAAAAGCUGCGUACAGACAAGCCCUCAGAGAUUAAGCCAAAUGUCCGUGUGUGGUUUCCAGUGAGCAAUAGUUUCUUUGGGAGCAUUCUUUCCUCUGCAUCUCAGGUGAGCCAUUAAUGAUGAAUUGAGACUUCCGUACAGAACUGGUGCUCCUGAUAUAUAGAUCUAGAUACAGAUAUAGAUAGAUUUUUAGUGCCAGAGUAUGCCAGUUUUUCUGACGUUUUGGGUAAGACUAGUAUGAGAGUAGCACACUCUUGAUUCUGGUGAAGGAGUAGUUGUACUUGGAUGUAAGAGCAGAUGGUAUCUGAGGCCACUUUUACAGGAUGUAAAACAUCAUUGGGUGGUUCAACAAAGAGUCCCCUGGUUCAGCUCACCCUUCUUAGAGAAGUGAUUGCCACAAAAAAGACCAUAUUGAUGGAAAGGAAAUACCAUGAAACUGAUCUUAAAGGGUGCCCAGCUAUGGGCUCAUAGAACUAAAUAGUAUCCACUGGCCAAAGUGGUGCAUCUCUCUGAUACAGGGGGUCACCUUUGCUGUCUUUUUUUGAGAACUGACAUAGAGGCUCUGGGUAUACAACAGGUACAGCACCUGAAACAGGAUCAAAUCUUCAGGGCCGUCAUUUGGAGAGCAACCCUAUUGGCAGUUCACCAUGCAUAGGCAAGAGUGAAGGAAAGUGAAUUAAAGGCAGAAGGGGAGAGAGCCAGGAAUAAAAAUAAAUUUUGGCAAGAGAGAAAGAGAUGGGGCGGGGGAGAAGCUGUUUUGCUGCUGAGUGGAGUGUUAAACUCACUGCUUCCACGCUUUGCGUUACAGAGGCAGGACAAUCUGUGAGAGCAACCUACUGAGCAAGUCCUUUCAGCCCAGGCCUUUCUAUUCAACCACUCAGAGACUUCCCGUCACUGCAUCAAGGGAACCCCACCCAUUCAGGAUCAGUGGAUGUGUUCUUGAGACAAUGUGAUUAUAGCGAGUACUGAAUUGUGUUUUAUAAAAGCUGUUCCAUAUGUGCAAGUACAGAAAUACUGAGAUGACAACUAAGGGCUUGUCUACACUGGCAAUUUACAGCGCUGCAACUUUCUCGCUCAGGGGUGUGAAAAAAACACACACCCCCCCCCGAGCGCAGCAAGUUUCAGAGCUGUGACGUGCCAGUGUAGACAGUGCACCAGCGCUGGGAGUGCACCCCUCAUGGAGGUGGGUUUUUGGAGUGCUGGGAGAGCUCUUUCCCAGCACUCUGCCGCAACCACACAAGCCACGUUACAGUGCUGCCGCAGCAGUAGACUGGCAGUUCCAAUGCUUAAGCCUUCAGAUCCCUCCACUAUGCAGCCCCAAAUAAUAUUCCAGUUAUUUGGUUGCUGGAGUAUAUUGGUACCAUUAGAAUCAGUGAGCUUAAUGUUUCUUAAAGCUAUUUUGUAUUGCAUAUAUGUAGUAUGCUUUGAACUCCCAGUUUGAGGGCAAAAGCUUGACAUAAAGCUCUUCUCUCUUCCUGUGUAAGGGUUUCCUCCCAUUUCUGAAUCCUUAAGAUGGUAAAGAAGUACCCUUAAGGGGGAAAGAUGAAACAAAUGAAUCUGUUAGAGAAUUGAAUUCAAUUUGGAAUGCUUUUGGUUAUGUAACAAUAGCUGCAUAUACAAUUUGUACCACAUAAUCAGACUGUUUUAAAUAGUGGUCUUCUGAUUCUUCGCAAAUUUGUAUGAUGACUGUAGAAAAAGAGACAUGCUAUCUCUUAUCAACUAAAUUCUUAGAAUACUAUCUCAGAAUUUGACAUCAGUAGUUUAUAAAAAGUAAUCUUUGAUCCCAGACUUCCGCUGACUGAUUUUUACUAGGUAAUUCUAGAAGAAAUCUUUUGACAUUACUAAAGUUUUUAGCUGUCUGAUUUAAGAAAGUACACUCUAAUGUGUUAGUAAGCAUACCCAAACUGUGUGGCAUGCAUAGGUAACAAGCUACUCUUAGUACAGUAUAUGUCAGAAUUAGGCACACUAACACUUGCACUUCUUUGAGUUUUAAGUAUCUAAAUUUUUCAGGUACUAUUCAAGUCUAAAUUCAUGCUUGAAACAGUUUUUAGCAUGUUUAUAGUAAUUUUUUGUGGACAUUUUUCUGCAUCAUUGAAGCAUUGCAGUUUCAGCUCAGUAGAACCCCAAGAGUGGAAUGGAAGUAGCAUUUGUAAGUAACAAUUAAUUUCUAUUGCCAGAGUGUCUAAUGAAGGAUAAGGCUAGUAUAGUCAGUCUUCAGUUUGAGCAGCAACCAACCAAAUUCGAAAGUAUCUUCUGAAUACGAAGUUUUACAUUACAGUAUAGUUUGUGGAACCCAGGCAACCUUUUAGGGAUUCAGCCAUCCAUUUAAAAAGACUCCAGAUAUUUCAAUUACUGAAAUAUCUGUAAACAGAUCACCCAGGAACCAUUGUUCACCAUACCUGAAAUGUAAUUAGAUAUUGAACACACAGGGCAUCUUGUCAGUAUCACUAAUUUGAUACCAAAGAGAAGCUGCAGUAUGUAAAGUUUAGUAUAAUACUGAAAAUGUUUACUAAGUUCAUUUCUAUCCAUUUAUUUUGUAUGUAGGGACAGCUUUUUGUAUGUGUAUUUUUCUUUAGUGUAGAGCUGUCAUAAUCUGUAAUGAAAAUGCAGAAUGUAGUUAUAGUGCAUCUUAACAUUAAUGAUAAAAUUUGUUUUAGGUUAGACUCAAUAAAACAGUGAUUUUUGCAGAGGUUACUUGAAUCUUGUCUCUAAUAGGUAGCAGAAUCUGACCAUGUUUACAAGAUUGUUUUAAUUACUUGGUUUUCAGAAGAUGAGAUUUACCAGCAGAAACUCAGAUGAAUGCAUAGCACCCAUGCAAAUGUGCUGGGGAAUGAGUAUCAGGAUCUCCUGCUUGCUGGCACCAAAGAGUUAAUGGUGACCAGCAGACUUCAUACUGUUUACAUUAUUUAGGUUACAAUAUACUUAAGUGCUCAACAUACCUCUGUUGAGCUCUUCCUGCUGCAUCAGCUCUAGUCAGGUAUUCUAAGAAAAUCAGAUUUCACGGUAAUAUUUUUAGGAUCAGUCUGUGUUCUGGUUCAGACAGAGAAUAGAUAAAACUCAUGUAUGCUAGUCCUUUAUUAAGAAUUUGCCCCAUUUAAAUUGUGAAAUAAAUAUCCCUGGGUUAUUUCUGCAGCUCCUGUAUUUGCCAGUGGGCAUGUCAUCUACAUUGCACUGUAAUGGCAAAAUCCUGGGUGUCUGCAAAUGUCUUACUUCCAUGUAGUUAUUUUCAGUGUGCUGCAUACACUUGCAAUUAAUUGUUUGAGUCUCUGAAGUUAAUUAUACAAGAAUAAAUAUGUAAUAAAUGACACUUAUUGUAUUUUUUGUAUGUUGCCGGUAGGAACAUUCCUAUGCACAAAGAAAACAUGUUGCCAUUUAUAGUUUAAUACUUCGAAGUGGUUUUUUUAAAUGGGCUUUUAUAAAUUAAUGAAAUAUACAAAAAACAAACAAAUUCUGCCUGAGUUCCUUCAUAUUUUAAUCAUACCUUGUAACUUCUCCAUAUGUGUAUUAUUUUCCACCACUGUACUCUUAGGUUAUUACUUAAUGUUGAAUGUUUGCAUUCAGACUUUUUGUAAAUCAAAGUUCAGACCUACAUAUUUUAUCUAAAUUACAAUUCACGGUUUAGGCAAAACUUGCACCUUUUGGGGCCCUCUUUUCCCAAGUGGUAAAAUAUUAAGUUAUGACACGACCUCACUGAAUGCAAAAGUGACUAAAUAAAGAAUGUGAAAUAUUCUGAAAAUAAA